CUCUUUCUUCCAUGAUGACUAGCCUCAAUUUGAAUCCCCUGUGCAUUCCGGAAAUUGUUUUGCUUAUUGGUAGUUACCUAGAGUGGACAGACCUUUCCCGUUGUAUUCGCGUCUCCAGGAUUUUCCACGAUACACUCGUCAAAACCAUUUGGAAAAAGAUCACUGUUUCAGGUCGUUCAAGCUACCCUACUAGCGAGGCACUGCGGCGAUACAAGGAAUACAUAGAAUGUCUUGAGUUUCAUCACAUCUUCCCUAAGGAGUACAUGACGCUGCAUGGCUGUGGUCGCCUCAGACAGAUCACCUGCAAUAUGGACUCAUCUGUAGACUCAUCUACUCGAAAUGAUCUUUCCAAUCUUAUCAAGGUCCACAGUUCCACGAUCACCGAGUUUAGAUCCGAAUGCUCAAGUUUACGUGAGAUAUGGGAAGCGCUGCUGAAAUGUACUCACCUUGAAAACCUGGCUAUUCAUGGGACAGAUAUACUCGAGGAUGAGGUCGAUCUAUUCUUUCAAGUCUGCAAAAAUAUUGGGGCCUUAGACAUGUCCGAAGUAUUGAUCGCUCAGCUACCCUCCGACUUCUUGGACAACAGAUCUGGCAAGUUCAUUUUCCCAAAUAUAAGUGCAGUGCGUUUCUUUGAUACUCAAAUAGUCGAUUCUCCACAUCCGCAUACAUCGUCGGUUUGUCUUGGCAUGUUGACAAGAAGAUGUCCAAGAUUACGUUCAUUGGAUCACUACAACUCCAAUAUAAAAGCGCAGCCCAGAAAGCGAAUGAACAUUGAUUUCUACAGAACAGUAUUCCUUCAUCAUCCCUAUACACUGACAAAUUUAUCAGAUUUACACCUUACGGGGAUGGAAAUAAAGGAUAAAGAUAUGGCGGCACUUCUUAGGCAGAUGACUGAGCUAAGAUGGCUAGAAGCUCCAGAUUGUGACUUUGGCCCACUCUCUAUUCGAGAGUUGCUAUCGAAUGAGCAGGAAGUUUCGGAUAAUGGCCGCAUAUUAUGGAAAAGAAGGGAUCAGAGGCUCUGCGAUACAGUUGAGGGAUUGGAAUUCAACAUUUAUAGUACCAAGGCUGAUGGUGUUGUUCAAGCGAUCUUGUCCAAUUGUCCGCGUCUGAAGGAGCUGACUGGACCUAAAAUCACUGUGGCAGAAAUUGUUGAUGGUGCAGAAUGGGUAUGCACUUAUCUCAGCAUUUUGAACAUCCAGCUUGAAGCCGCCGUUGAUCGUGAGACUUCAGAAGGCAUGCGGAAGCAGCGUGUUGUGUUUAAGCAACUAGGCAGGCUGACCCGACUAAAACAUUUACAUUUAACAGGAGGGAUUUUAGAAGUUAAGGGGUUUCGGACGCUGGACUUGAAGCUAGGAGCAGGCCUAGAUGAACUAGUCACGCUGAAGGAUUUGCAUUCACUAUCGUUUGAGGGCGAUGAGCAUCAAGAGAUACAGGCCGAAGAUGCGGCAUGGAUGGUGAACAAUUGGUCGAGACUCGAAUUGGUGAGUGGCGUUGCGAAUCAGGAUCGUGACGCUUGCACCUUAGUGAAUGGCAUAUUCAAAUUGCGCAAUGUUAUUCUACUGAAAUAGAAUUACACUAUCUAUCACCUCACAGUCUGAUUUGAAAAAUAUGACUCCUGAACAUGAGCCUGGUAGCGUUCAUGGUUUAAAU